AUGCCUGCUUCUAUGAAACGGUUGCCAAACGACGUACCGGGUCGAGAUUUGGAGGAUAAGAGACGGCUCAUGCCUCGCUGCAGUUCGAGGAGUCUUCUCUCAGGAGCUUCGUUCUACCAUCUACAGAGAUCAUCAAGACUCACCUUGACUUGGUUCUUUACGACAUCUUUACACUGCAAACUGCAGCAUAUAGCAACAAUGGCCGACCAACAUUUUCCUCGAGCGAACAAGACUCUGCCUGGUCAUGGCAACACCGCUUCGCAUGAGGACACCGCAGCACGGAGCAAGGCUCUGAACCAGAAGUUGGAUGUAGCUCUGCUUCCUCUACUAUCUCUACUCUACUUGUUCAACGGCCUCGAUCGUGGAAACGUUGGCAAUGCUGAAACUCAAGGCUUCACCACUGACAUCGGUGCCAAACCCGAUGACCUCAACGAAGCCGUCUCGCUCUUCUUUGUGACGUUUGUCGUCCUCCAGCCUGUUUCUGCGGCUGUGGGCCGAUACAUUGGAGCAAGGCAUUGGAUCCCGAUCCUCAUGUUCGGCUGGGGCACUGUUACAGUCGGGCAGGCUUUCAUCAAGGGCCGUGGAGCACUCAUCGCCACCCGCUUGCUUAUCGGGGCCUUUGAGGCAGGCUUCUAUCCCACUGCUGUAGCUUACUUGUCGUUUUUCUAUCCUCGAUACGACUUUUGCGUCAGACUUGCUCUCUUUUACGGACAGUAUGCCAUUGCUGGUGCCUUUUCCGGAUCCAUCUCAUACGGCAUCUUCCACCUCAAGAAUGGUCAUCUGAAGAACUGGCAGUAUCUUUUCAUUAUCGAGGGUGCCCUCACCUGCUUCUUCGCCGCCGUCGCAUGGCUAUGGCUGCCCAACGGUCCCGGCUCAGCAUGGUUCCUCAGUCCUGAUGAGCGUGCCCUCGCCGUUGAGCGGAUGCAGCAGGACACAGCCGCCUAUGUCGAGCACGAAUACGGCGAGGACGGUAUUGAGAAGAACCGCCUGAGCAAGAGGGACUUUAUCGAGACACUUAAGGACUGGAAGCUGUGGACUGUGUUGGUGCUCAACAUUUGCGCAAGUGUUCCCAGCAGUGCGUUCUCUGUGUUCUUGCCUCUUGUUGUUCAAGGACUAGGCUAUGAGUCUAUUCUCGCCAACUUGAUGACGGUUCCUCCUUUUGUCUGCGGUGCCUUGGGCCUCUACGCUUUCGCACUCAGCUCCGAUCACUUCAAGGAGCGCGGCUACCAUAUCGUCGUCGGCAUCCUCAUUGCCGUUAUCGGCCUGAUCCCCGCCGUCACCGUUUCCUCCUCGGUCGGACAGUACAUCUCCCUCUGCGUCCUGCUCUCCGGCGUCUACAUCUCCGCCCCUCUCACCAUGGCAUGGCUCAGCGGCAACACCCCCGAACCCGGCAAGCGUGCCCUCGUCCUGGGCGUCAACGGCUUUGGCAACCUGGGUGGUGUUGUUGGAGCACAGCUCUAUAGGCAGCGAUACCGCCCCGACUACAGGAUUCCUUUCUACGUGACGCUGGGUUUUCUCGCCGUGGCAUUGGUCGGCUAUCUCUUGUACAGGUUCAUACUACAGGCGGUUAACAAGCGCAAGGCAGCUCUGUUGAGCUUGAUGACGGAAGAGGAGGUUGAGAGUGAGAGGCUCAACGACCGGCGAUACGCUGACAAGAAGUUGACCUUUGUGUAUGGGCUGUAG